UUAUGCAUACGCAUGCGCGACCACGUACAAUAUUCUGCCGACAACAUAACUGCCAACAGAAACAAAUACUUAAGUGCCUUUUAGCAGCAGUAGUAUUGUUGAGUAUUCGUUUCUUUACUGCAUUUAUUACGCUAUGUCGUCCGGUGGUUGGGAAUUAGUUGGAAGAAAUAAAAAGGACAAGAGCAAUGGAAAGAUUAACAAACUCACGAAAGCUGAAAAAAAGAAAUUUAUCGAGAAUGCACCAAAAGUGGAAGAUUUUUUACCCCUGAGCCAAGUGCAAAGUUUAUAUGAUAAUUUGGAAAAUAACAAAGAGAAUAAGAAACCAUCGAAGGAGAAAGAAAAUAAAACUAAAGAAAAUGAAGAGAAGAAGAAGGAACAAAAACAACAAUCAGAGAAAAAGAAGCAAGAGCCUAAGGAAAAACCUCCAAAAUCUAUAAAAGAUGCAUUAAAUAUGAUUAAUUCUGACGAGCUUUCGGAUGUCUUGACCAAUGGUCAAGCCAGGUUUCCAGAAGCACCUCUAAUUUGGCUCAAAGAUCUUGCUGCAUUUCUCAAUGUAAAAAUACCUAUUGACAAAGAAGAUGCAAUCUUCUCUGGAAAACCUAAAGAUUAUCCAUUAAACAUAGUACCUAAACCAAUUUCUUCCACUUUAGAAAAGGCUAUUGAGAUGGCAGGGAAACAGACAGCACAACUUUUUUAUGAAAAUACUCUGACUGCAAUGGCUACCGAUAUGGUAAAAGGAUCGGCCAUUGUUGGGCACAAAAUAUUUUUACAACUUCUAGCGCGUAUUAAUCCAGAGAUGACUAUUGCUAACAUUCCUAAACUGAUCACUGUGAGAAAUUCCUAUCAAAAUAGAAAAACUAUUGGGCUGUCGUUAUUGUGGGCUUUGUCCCAAGCUGGUAGAACAAACUUGGCUGUGGGUUUGAAAGUAUGGCACGAAGUAAUGUCGCCCAUGUUAGAAACAAAGAGUUAUUCUAGUUAUGUAGCACAAAUUCUUAAUGAUCUUGUUUUCGGACACGAAAACUUUCACGAUCUUAAGCUAGAACAAUAUCUUGACAUUGUUGAAGAUACAUGUUCUGGAAAGCUUAAUAUACCUGUCACUGUAGGCAGAGAGAUCAACAACAGCAUUGAAAAAUUGAGAUUAAUUCUAUUUAAAAAUAAAAAUAUAAGUUACACGAAAUUGUUUGAACUAUUAAUGGGUAAAAUUACACCAAAAAUACAUGCAAACUAUAGGGAUGAAUUAGUUAAAGCUCUUGUAGCUUGCUUGGCUACAGACUCUCUUUGUUUUUCUGUUUGGAGAUCUCUUCAUGCCAAGAAUUUGUAUCAAUCUCAUCUCAUUUUAACGUACAUUGAUGCCAAAUGGAGCACCUUGCAUACAAUUUGGAAAACAAAGUGUUUCAAAGAAACGUGUAUAAUAUUUCAAACAACUAACGAGAGGUGGAAAAAAGGCAAAGAUGAGACUCUUGCCACUAGUUGCAGUAAAAUAUGCAAGACACUACUAGUGAAAAUGACAGCUUCGUCCAAUAAGAAAUUUCCGUGGGGAAAGGGGAUCGUUUUGUUAUUAUUUCUGAUCGGUGCUGUUAUAGGUUAUGAUGUUUACCAGCAUGGUAAUCUAAAAGAAUCCAGUACGGUUAAGUUCUUGAACAGAAGCGGAUUGUUGGCGCAUGGACAAAAUGCAUGGAUCAUGGUGCAAGGAUAUUCAUCUAAAGCACUUGAAUUUAUAGAAGCUAGUUCACCAGAAUAUUACAAAGCAACUGUUGAAACAUGUAAACCGUACAUCAAAUUGGCUGGAGACUUGUAUCUUGUGAUGAAAAAUGUUUCUCUUAAAAUUUAUGACAAUGCUAUCGCAUAUACUGAAAAGAAAGGACCUAUAGUCUUACAAACGAUCGAAUAUUAUGCUCCAGGAAUGUUAGAUGAAGUUCGUUUACGGAGUUACCAAGGUCUGGAACUUGUAAAAUUUUACUCUAAUGUUUGUGGAGAGAAGUUCAUUGAAUAUUCACGUACAACAAUACAAUGGUUAGAGCAUAAUGUUUUUGUUGGCAAGCUAAGUCCAGAAAAUUUGCAAAAUUAUGCCUCAAAAGCUAUCGAUACCACGCAAACAUUGGCGAGUCAAACUUACGAUUGGGUAUAUGAGAAGGUGCAAACAUUAUCGAAAGUUCCAUGAAUGAAAUUCAUUGAAUGAUCCAACCGAUUUUUUCAGUUGAUAAAAAUCUCCUCUCACAUCUUAGCAUUUAUUUUUAUGAUUCCGAAGUUGAACGUUGCAUAUUUCCAAAUGUAUUGCGGCGGCCAUUUUACCCACCUGUGAUAUUCGAAGAAUGUAACAUGUUUCAAUGAAUCGUAACAUUUUGAAAAUCCGAAAAUUCUGUCAAAAUGUUGGUCUUUUUUUAGGUUAAUGUCUAUAUCAAGCAAAAUAAUGAUUAAAGUAAUAUAUAGAUUACUCUAUUUAGUAUCAAAUUCGUACCUAUUAUUUUGUACAUUUACUAAUAUAUUUUCAUUUAGUAUUCCUGGUAUGUGAAUUAAAUGACGAUAUAACAAGUUAAUAUGUGAAUUGAACAUAUAUUGAAUAAAGUUAUUUUUUUUGGUA